GUUCAUCUAUCUAACUGUGUGUGUGUGUGUGUGUGUCCAUAUAGGAAGCACAGUGGAGAGAAGCCGUAUGUGUGUGAACGGUGUGGGAAGGGUUUUGCCCAGGCCAGCACUCUGACCUAUCACAUUAGGGUCCACACAGGAGAGAAACCUUACCAAUGUGACACCUGUGGGGUGGCCUUCUCCGUCUCUUCUUCUCUCAUCACACACAAACGCAAACACACAGGUGAAGCGCCACACGAAUGUCUGGUGUGUCAGAGGGCCUUCAUUACCAAACGAGAACUCAACAAACACUCUCGCAUCCACACCGGUGGAGAUCCAGCUGUUAAGCAGCGUGUGACAUGUGAGCUGUGUGGAAACACCUACGCUGGCCUGAGCAGCCUGAAGAAACACCAAGAGAGACAACACUUAGUGGAUGUUCCAGAAGGUGCUCUCCACCACAACAUUCCUAUUGAUCACCAGGGAAUGAUCUCCCGCGAUGCGCCCAGCCCUGUGCCUGUGGAACCAGACAACACAGACCCCGAGGAGCCAGACAACCUUGAGCCCGCGACACCUAACUUGAGCCCUAACCCUCUCUGUGUUCUAGUGGAGCAGCUGCAUACAUCUUCCCUCUCCUUCUCUUCCCCAGUCUCCACCGCCGAAAAUAUAGAGCAGAUCAUCAUCAUUAGAACAUUGGACAACGACCUCUGCCCUGACCCCUAACCCAGACCCUAACGUUACUCUUUCAGGCCUGGAGUCAGCCCGCCGAUUCAACUGGAUCACAUAUGAUUCAGCUGUAGUCAGAUAUAGAACUGUGUGAAUAGUGGCGAUGUUGAUAUGUCAUGUAAUUCUCUCCGAUCUAAAAGUAUUUGAUUUUUCUGGUGUGUUUUUAAUUGCUGUAUAUAGUUAAGUGAGAUAGUCACUGAGGACGUACCCCACAGAAGAGCCAGGCUCACCGUAUGCUGGCUUGCAUUUCUCUGAUGGUUCUCUGUUCAUUGUUCUGGUUUUAAACCCACGUCUCAGUAACAUGGGGCUUAUGUAUAAGCUAGAGGUUAUGUUGAUAGGAUGGAUAUUAAUGAAAAGUCUACUUUUUUUUCUCUUCAAAUAAACAGCUUUAUUUUUUAUUCUGAGAAAUAAAUAUCUGAAAUCUC